AUGUAUAAUGUAAUACCAAAAUUGAACUUGGAACUACAUAAAAAAUACCUAGUUAUUGUAACAAGCGAUGCUUUACGUAAUUAUGAGUCGUACAAAACCCAGCUAAGUUCAGUAUUUAUUCAUGGCAUUUAUUGGGUUUUAUGUUGUUCAGAUUUAAUCAAAUUAAGUAUUUUUGAUGAACUGCAUGUUAGAAAUAACUUUCACGAUCUAUUAAGAAAAUGUAAACGUGAAGUGUAUAUAGAUAGCUUUAGCUCAAAAAUUUAUUCGGCAAACCCACUUGAUUUUAUUAGCCCUUCUAUUCUUUCUGUACUUAGUGGAAUACAAAUUAAUACAAUAAUAAACAAUAAAAUUCUUGAAGAGAAUAAAUAUGAAACAAAUGCUUUUAUUAAAAGCCUAAUUACUUUGAAAGAUGAAAAAAUAUAUAUCAACAACUCCAAAAGCUGCUUAAACCAGUUGGAUAUCAGAUUUAUUUACUCUACACUACUCGUAUAUUAUUUGUCAAAUUAUCCAGAUUUAACACAACUGGAAUCGGUUUUCCCAAUAUCAAAACUUACCGAACUACUAGUAACCAUGCAGAACAAAGAUGGUGGAUUUGGAAAACGCCAUAAAGAUGAAUCUCACGCAGGUUAUACUUUUUGUGCAGUGGCAUCAAUAGCAAUAAUCAAGAAAAUGACAAAAAAUGACUCAAUUUAUUUAUUAUUUAAUAUUGAACGUCUAAUUAGGUGGUUAUUAAAGCGAAUAAUUAUUUCAGAAAGUCACGAAAUUACUGAAAGUCAAUCAUAUUGUUUUAAUGGUCGUAUUGGAAAAAAAUGCGACGUAUGUUAUUCAUGGUGGGUAAUUGCAAGCCUAAAAAUCGUGGAAUCUAUUAAUACUAAUAAAAGCAUGGACUACUCUUUAAUUUUGAACUCUAAUAUAUUAAAAGGAUUGAUUAAUGGAAUUUUAUGUCAUCAAAAUAAUAUUUAUGGCGGCUUUCAAAAAGCUCCCUUUAUUAUCGGCAGUAAAGACUGUUCAGAUCCACUACAUACCUUCCUUUCAAUUUCUGCGUUAUCUCUGUUAUUUAACAGCAAUUUGACGCAAUCAAAUUUAGAAUUUUGUGAAUUAAAGAAGCUAUUCAAAACAUUAGAUCCAAUAAUUAAGAUCGACCCAGUUUUUGUAUUGGCAGAAAAAUAUUUUAAUAAUAUAAUUUCUUAA